GCCCCUUGGAUUUUAAUCUCAAUCAACAAACGCACUUAAUCAGACAACUCGAUUCAAGCGUCCGAUUACUUAGCACGUGAAAAUGGAAAAUUUACCUAAUUUUAAGAAUUUGACAGCCAGCGAUUAUGGCAGACCAAAGGAAACACAGAAUCAGAAUCUUCAAGAUCUUGUUAGGCCGCACAUUGAAUCUUUCAACUGUAUUUUACAUGAAGGAUUGGGAAAAAUCAUUGAGAAUUCAUUACCUGUGGAGUUUUCCUUGCCAAAUGGUGAUCGUGUAGCUCUAAGCCUUCAGGAUAUUAUAAUUGGCAGUCCCAAAGUUCAUGAGAAGGCAAUAUGCAGGACAGCCAAGGUCUACCCAGCAGAGUGCAGAUCUCGAGGUACAAGUUACAAAGGCCCACUACAGGUCCAGAUAGGAUACACAGUGAAUGGACAGGCUGGGCCGCCCAUACCCAAAGUCCUGGGUCAGUUACCUAUCAUGGUUAAGAGUGAGAUGUGUCAUCUUUCCAAGAUGUCGCCAAAAGAACUGAUCAAGCAUGGAGAAGAGGCAGAGGAAAUGGGAGGUUAUUUUAUUGUAAAUGGUAUAGAGCGUCUUGUAAGAAUGAUAAUCUUGCCUAGGAGAAAUUAUCCGAUAUGUUUGACACGACCAGGUUGGAGAAAACGUGGCACUAUGUUUUCAGACUAUGGUGUCAUGAUGCGAUGUGUCAGAUCUGACCAUACUGCUACUAAUAUGGUAUUGCACUAUCUGAAUGAUGGAACAGCCAAACUUUGUUUCUUCUACAAUCAAGAACUCUUCUUUGCUCCUAUUGUUGUGAUUCUGAAGGGUUUGAUGUCAUUACCAGAUAAAUAUAUAUAUGAUGAGUUGGUAAAAGGAAAAGAAGAUGACUCUUUUUAUAAAGGAUGUGUAGUGGCUAUGUUACGUCAAGCAUUGAACGAGAAUUUGCUCACUAAACAAUCUGUGUUAAAACAUAUUGGUUCGAGGUUCCGUGUGAAACUCUCGCUACCGGAAUGGAAAACAGAUGAAGAAGUUGGACAGUUUCUUUUACAACAAUGUGUGUGUGUACAUUUAACAAACGAUGUUGAUAAAUUCAAUCUCCUGGUAUACAUGACCAGAAAAUUGUUUGACUUUGCGAAGGGAAAAUGUGCUGCUGAAAAUGGUGAUAGCCCCAUGUUUCAGGAAGUUCUGCUUGGAGGUCAUCUAUUUCAGAUGUAUCUGAAGGAAAAACUGGAUGGAUAUUUACAAAUAAUAAAAUCUGUGAUAGAUAGACAGGCAAAGGCUUACAAAGGAGGGAGUGAAAGGUACAGACUUACACCAGAUGCCCUAAUUAAUGCAUUGAGAUAUGGACCUGAUAUUUGCAAAUCAUUUGAAUAUCUAGUAGCCACAGGGAACCUUGUUACUAAAUCUGGACUAGCAUUGAUGCAGAAUUCUGGUUUGACAGUUGUAGCAGACAAAUUAAACUUUAUGAGAUAUAUUUCUCAUUUCCGUUGUAUACAUAGAGGUGCUUUCUUUGCCACAAUGAGAACCACUGCUGUGAGAAAACUUCUGCCUGAAGCUUGGGGUUUUCUAUGUCCUGUACACACCCCUGAUGGUUCUCCAUGUGGUCUGAUGAACCAUGCUACAGCUAUGUGCCAGUUCCAGGUUUUCACAUUUCACGAACCAAUCAUUAAAGCUCUUGAUAUAGUAGGAGUGGCCUCAUUGGAUAAUCCACCUUGUCCAAUCGGAGAGUGUUACACAGUUAUGUUGGAUGGGAGGAUUGUGGGAUAUGUCAGUGAGAAUAUGGCACCGCAGGUGGAACAAAAAUUGCGUGUUAUGAAAGUUAAAGGAUUGCAUAAGGUUCCACCUACAAUGGAGAUAUGCCUUGUGAAGAAGACAGAAUACGCCAGUCAGUACCCGGGUUUAUACCUGUUUACCACGCCAGCCAGAAUGGUUCGCCCUGUGAGGAACCUCGCCUUGAAUGAAAUUGAGAUGAUAGGAACGUUUGAACAGGUGUACAUGGACAUUUGUAUAACUCAGAAAGAGGCUUACGAAGGGGUAACAACACAUGAGGAACUGGAUGGUGUCAGUAUGUUAUCAGUGGCUGCCAAUCUAACACCGUUUUCAGACUUCAACCAAAGUCCCAGAAACAUGUACCAAUGUCAGAUGGGUAAGCAGACUAUGGGUGUACCAUUACAUGCCUUAAAGUUCAGAUCAGAUAAUAAGCUGUAUAAAAUACAGACCCCACAGACUCCGAUGGUCAGACCGACCAAGUAUGACUACUAUGACAUGGAUUCAUACCCACUUGGUACAAACGCUGUGGUUGCUGUUAUUUCUUAUACUGGAUACGACAUGGAAGACGCUAUGGUUAUCAACAAGGCAGCAUUCCAGCGAGGCUUUGGUCAUGCCACAGUAUACAAGACUGAGAUAAUAAAUCUAGGAGAUUUAAUUAAAUCAGGAUUUGAUACCACACCACUUAUAUUCUCAUCAUCAGAAACUAGCAAGGCGUACCUGGCAGGUGAAGUAGACUUGGACGGUUUACCUUAUAUAGGCAGAUGUAUCAAGCCUAAUACAGUUUAUUACAGUUACAUAAACACACAAAGUGGUGCAGAGAAAGUAAACUAUUACAAGAGCCAGGAACCAGCUUAUGUAGAACAUAUAAAGCUGUUAGGCAAUGAUACGGGAACCAGUGGGAAAUCAAAAGUUGCUAUCAUGCUUAGAAUUGAU